AUGGAUUCGGAUUGUAGCUAUCACUACACAGACAAUUUCCUCAUCGACCCAUACAAGGAGGAGUUGAAGGAAGAGAAGAGGCGCCGCAAGGAAAUGGAGAAGAUGAAGCAGCAUUGGGACAUGGUUGGAUUCAUCGCCGACGGCCAAUAUGGGAUUCCGAGAAGAUGCCCAUGUGGUGGAUGUAUCAAGCACGAUGAUGAUGGACUCCACUUUCGUCAGCCAUGGGUUUUCAGAGUCGAACAAGAGAUUGAGAAGCUAGUUAUGAAAGUUGAAGAGCAGAGCAAGACGAUUGAAGAAAUGGGAAAACAGAUUCAGAUCCAAACCGAAGAGAUAGCCAAGCUCAAAACUUAACGAAUCUGCAAUUUCCUUUAAUUGUUGUUUUAAUUGUUGUUCAAGACUAACGUUUCCUUGCACUUUAAUGUUUUUUCAAUGUUUUAUAACUAUUUUUAGUGUUUU